GUUUCUUUUAUAACCCUAGUCAGUUGCUGGCCUUGAUCAAUACCAGCUCGGUACAAUGUGCAUGUCAAUCAUUUUGGUGUAUGGUCGUGGAAUCGGUCCCGCUCAGAUAUGACUAAAGUUUCACUGGCUUUUGGGCAUUCGAAAGUCCACGUAAUCUAGACUUUAAAAACCGCCAUAAUUACGCUACGGCAACCUAUUUCCGUGUGUGGACGAGUCGUGACUUGAGCGGACGAAUUCGCACUGGUUUUGUUACGUGAAAAUCAUUUGUAUGCUUUAUGGCUGGCCGCGUAGUGUCUCGCGAAUUCACCAUCGACUAUUUGGAUUCAACGUUUUGCUGAACGGGUUAUAGCAAUACUUUAGUCACCCUGGCGGACUCCGAGUUGAUGGAUGUGAACGCAAACAGUAAACUUAAACGCAAGAAGAAAACCCAUGGGUUAGUAUCGUGAGAAAUUUGUUGGUUGGUGUUUCGUGUCGGUGUGAGAAUCGUGAGGUAGAAAGGUUCCGAUUGUCCGACUUGAGCCUGGACAUGGUGUGAUGUUUGUGUGGAGUGUUCUCACCUAAACUUUUACCGUGGUUUCGUGAAUUGUGCUUCUAAAAUAUAACACAGGGAAAGUACUAAGCCGAAAUGAGAUAUUUAUUGCCUAAAUCGUGUUUUUCUAACUGCUUUUUUAGGCCUGGGAACCCAUCGAAACGACAUCGCGAUCGACUUAACGCCGAGCUGGAUAAUCUCGCAAGGCUGCUGCCUUUCCCAGAAGAAAUCGUCACGAAACUGGAUAAGAUUUCCAUUCUUAGACUUACAGUGAGCUAUUUGAGAGCAAAGAGUUUCUUUCAAGGUAAUUAGUAUUUUGCAUUUAUUCUUUUCUAGUUUUGCUGGCUGGUUUGCCUAUAUCGUGAAAAUUUUUACUUCAUCGUAGACAAUUGCGGUGUUGGUUGCUACCAUCAAUUAAGCUUAUUUUUUUGUAAGUUCGCCUGUGGAUUUGAAUUUCACAAUUUGUUCAACCCGCAGUCAACCUGGAGAGCUUUUGAAGAUUGAUGCAUUUUAUGAUAUUAAAUUGAUUGAUUUUUGCUUAUCUUAGUUGUCAGUUAUGUCUGUAGGGAAAUUGAAAAAUUCAUUUUCAUGGCGGACAUUUGAAGUGUUUGUGCUGUUUAUGGUAUCCUCUCAACUUUAUGUUUACUAAGCUCAAGCCACGAAAAAUUGCGUUGCUGCAACUUAACGUAAAUAAAAUAAGAUGAAAGGGGAUAUCCUUAAACGUUUUGAUUAUUCUUAAGACCGGGGGCAAAAAGGUCAUAUGUGAUGGCCCUACAUGUAUUAUAAUGAACGUUUUCCCGUUUCGUUGUCGCGAGGUUUUUGGUAGUGCAGUGACUGGGAGCAGACAUUUUCAAAUUUGCUUUCCACGGCUUAGGCAUAUACAGUGGUAUCAACUAAGACAAGUGUUGUUUGGAUAUUUGUCUGCUGGAAAGCGAGCUGCUUGGAUAAAGUGAUUCUUUCGCUUUCCGGUUUCUGACUAAGGUGUAGUGAUUACAUGUUUGCGCCGGCGAAAUAUUAUCACUGGUUCACUCGCGAUACGUGACUUUAUGAACGAAGCUUUGGGCUCCGGAAUGUCUUACCCUCAAGAAUUUGAAAUGAAAGCAUGACAAGCAUUAUCACUCAGAUUUUUAUGGAGUUUAAAAUGGAAUCCAACAAAUUCAAGAGUAUCGGAUCGACAAACUGAACAUUGUUGUCCUUUUUUUCUUUUUCAACGUCUGGCAAAGCAGUUUCAGGGUUGGUGUGUUCGCGCUUGGAUUUUUCUAUUUUCGAUGGUCUUUAAUAAUAUUCUGACCCUACUGAUUAAGGUUUAACGUUAUAAAAGUUAAAUAACAAGAACGACUAAAGGCUAUUGUUUUUAAAGUUUGUUUUGUGGCGCGACGCUUCUAGCGUCCGCAUUGAAUAAAACCGCCCAGCAGUUCAAUGUUGGUUUCUUGCGAUCGGAAAUUGCCAAAAUAACUUUUUACUACCCUGAUAAAAAAAAUAAUCGGUACAGGGCCUUUUCUUUAUAAUUAACAGAAUUAUCCUUAGUUUAUUCCUCGUCAGGACUGAGCUUUAAAGGACGAAAUUGGUUUUGUGUUGUGAUCUAGAGUUUUUGAAUACUACUCUGGCGAUUCACACCUCUUCCAUUAUAAAAUGCAUUUGAUGUAAACCACCUGAGUCACGCAGAGUACGACGAAAGCGAAAUGUUUAUUAACCUUUGCUCACGCAACUAUAUUUCGUGAAUGAGGAAAAAAUCUGAUUACUCCAUGCAGCGUUCAGUUUUCUCCUUUCACUGUGUGAAGCGAAAUCGGAGGGUGUUCAUUGCGUGUCUGGGCUUUAGAGGAAUUCAUGAGUCGUUUAUAUAAGGUUCUUUUUCUUGCAAAGUUACUUGGUUUGUGUUUUUGGUGAGCCAUUUUGCGGAGUUACGUUACCCUUGACCUAUGCGAUUCGAAAGAAAAAAAUUGUUUACCCUUCGGGUAUUCAAAUAAUCAAUUUGAGCGUCCACUUACAUUCAAGUCUAGCCAUACGUGUAAGUUUUGCUUUUAUGCGGUUGUAGAGCUGCGGGGCGGCUAUACUUACUACGCCUUUUAUUGGCUACAACUCCCCCAUAUUUCGUAGGUUAAAAAAUAGGCCUGUUUUGAUCUUUUAUGGAGCAACUUGUAACGUAAAUUGGUUCACUUUGCUGACUGCUUGAAGCAACAACGGCGUCGAUAACUUUGCGAGAUUGCUUAUGUUAACGCCCCGAUCAGAUUGAAUAAAUUCGAGCUCAUUUGGUUUCGUUCCUCUUGCUCCACAAAGGUCGUUAUUGUUUGUCCAAAAGGCCUCCCGUGGUGCGGGAUUUUUCAACGCGAAACAAAAUUUUCUGUCCACCCAGCCGCUAGACGUUUGAAGCAAGGUUUAGCUCUAUAAAUAUGGUACUUAAGUAAACAAUAUUGCUUCGUCUCUUCUUGGAUCACUUUUUUGCAUAUGAAUGGCCUUUCUAUCGAUUCGAGGAGUCGAUCAAUAUUAAUAUAAGCUUAAAUGCUGCACAACUCGUUCACUAUGGAAAUUUUCCUUACAGUCAACUCACUGAUUUUCUGUGGCUGAAAGACCUGUGUUGUCUAUCAGACUCUGUCUUAUUCUUGCGUAAAAUUUGCAGUUGUUGUAUGUUAAUUAAUGUGAGAGACAUGUUAUCUUUAAAGAAUAUCAUUUGAGACCGUAUAGCUAACAGAACGUUGACAAAUUCUUGUUUGCUAUUUUUUUAUCAGUGGAUAACAAAAGUAGCUAUAGUUUACAGGAAAAUUAAUAAGAGUAGAAACUGAAUGUGUUGACAUUCAAGUUCACCGUGUCCCUUCGAAUUUCUGCGUCUCGUUUUGUCCAGUGAGGUAUAGUACUGUACGUUUUCUUCGCGUACAAUGGCAAUUACAUGCAAAGCUUUCUGAUUAUGCAAUGUUUAAAAUUUUUCUGGUGCGGUGUCGACCUUUAAACGUCACCUCAUAUAUAUACGUAUAUACCUAUUAGUAAAAAUACAUGUAUGUAUUCUCAUGGAGACUGGCUAGUGUCACAUGUAAUAAAGUUGCAAUGUAAUUUUCAAUUUGUUUAUGACCGUGCUUUCGUGCUUCUGUAUCGUUUCCCAAGUUUAACCACAAACAAUUCCUCAUUUGCAAUUUUAAUCAUUCUGUUAAGCCCUGGAGUGAUCUAAUCGAUCUCCAGGAUCGCCUCUUUUUUGUGAAGUGUUAAUUAUAUUUUGAUUUGGAUCUUACAAGAUCUUUUGAUUCUGACCUAAACUUGCUCUCUGCUUACAUGAUAAUAAAUUCUUUUAGUUUCAAAUGGAAGACAUGGAACAGAGGAAACCUGUGAAGAACUUGUCAGAGAAGUUGAGGGGAAUGGCGUCUUCUCACAGCUUUCUUUGGAGGUAAGAGAAAAUGGCUCAAACAUUGCUGAGAUCAAGAGCAACAGCCUGUAAAUGAGGGGUUGCAAUGGCAGCCUAUUCAUACAAGUUGGGAAAAUAUAAGCUUCUGUUUUAAGUUACACUUAAAGAUCAAAGCUUGCCCAAAUCAGAAAAGAAAUCCCAUUUCUUAGUUAUCAUCAAUAGGACCCUUGUGUAACAUUUCACUUUUUCAAAAACUAUUUCCUGUGAUGGCAGUACCCUGUUAAUCUGUGUUGGUUGAUGCCCUACUACCACAACUGGGGUCAUUUAUUUCAGAGUUUAUGCAGAUCAGAUGCUUGGGCUAUAUUUGUACGACUAUGUUCUUUUUUUGAUAACUCAUCAAGGACAGUGUAUACAGCCUUGAUAGACUCUCUCAGUUAGUGUUGGUUGCCGGGAAUUAGAGGAUCUUUUACUUCUUGUGAUAUAGAAUUUCCAUGAUAAAAAUUCCUGUGAGGAAAAUCUGAAUUGUUCAAGUUUACUUCCUAAAUAAUUUCUAAACGUCGUAUGGAGCUGACCUUGGCUAAUUUUCUGUCUACCAAUCUUGACUUAAUUGCUUUUUUGUAAGAGCUAAAGUCUCAUAAGAAGCUUUUGCACUAUAGUCUUAAUAUCUGGAUUCUUAUAAUUCCAUCAGGUUCUCAGUGGAUAAUGACUACUUAGGUUCUAAAGACAUUUCCUAUUACUAAAUACUGUAAAAGAAUCAGCUGAAAGAUCCUAACCCUCUUAAUGAGAUUUGUUAAUGUUCACAAGUAGCAUGUACAUAACCUUGCUUCUCUUCAAAAUAAGUAAUCAUUAUUUUUACUUUAGUGAAUUUUUUAAAGAUAUAUUUUCACAUGAUUUUGAUUCAAGUGAUUUAAGUGCUGUUGCAGAACAUGUUGUAAGUGUCUGUAGACAGCCUGAGGGAAGUCAACAUUUGCAAACACUUUUGCUAUCAUGUAAUUGAUUGGCAUUGAUCAUGAUCAACUUCGAGUGCUAAAAUACAAAAAUUACAUUUCUGGUAGUAUUUACGUUAUUUUAUGAUGGGGACAGUUAUUCAAAGUUUCCUUCUUUCCCAUUAAUUUUUGUGACAGAUAUCCUUUUGUUUUGUCUGUGGUAUAAUGAUUGUGUAAUGAUCAGUUAAAUUAUGGUAUAAAAAUUUUCUCUUCACCCACUGCCACACCUUGGCAAUUCGAUCUACUCCUUGUUCAUUGUAGACUUUUGGGGGGGCUUUGACUUUCCUCACUCUGCCAACAUUAAAGCACCACUUAUGUUCAUUUAAAUAUCAUUAAUUUGUGAAAAAGUAAAUUUUCACACACACGCACAUGAAAGAACCCAGUAAAAUAGCAAUUCUUUGCAUCUCUACAAAGCCUCUUAGUUUAAGGAAGAUACAAUGUAUGUCUGUACCUACCGAGCAUUAAACUACUUUCCAUGUCCAGUAUAGACUUUUUUAAUCAUUGUGUUUAUUGGGCAAAACACUGUCUUUUCCCGCAAAAAUUAUGAGAAAGCCUUAUCUGGUGCUAGAAGUUAACCGUAGGUUUAAGCUUAUUUGUAAGAUGCUGUAUGCCUUUGAUUAAAAAGUAGUAAACUUUUCAAUUUCAAUUCAGUUUCAAUAAACUGACUGACAAUUGCAUAUAGAGAGAGCAAUAAUUUAAAUUACUCUUUGUGACGUAGCACUGUUUUUUCCUCUUGUCACUUUGGUCUUUCUUAAAUUAUAUUCUUCCAACCAGUGCACUGAGCAAACAUGAUGUGUGGUGUACAGUAUACUUCCACUUGCAAUUACCAUUAAAGUUUAAAGGUUUCUCUAUCACAUGUGUUUUCUUCCCUCAUGUGUUUUAACAUGCCAUGCAACCUGCUACAAUUGCCCAACAUGACAGGUUGUUUUGUUUCCUAUCAUUUGUCUAAGCUAUGGUCUCAGACAAAUAAUAGUUGGGCUGGUUUUUUACUUCUUGCCUGUCUCCUCGUCCUCCCAAUGUUUUUUAUCACAGCUGACAAGCCAGAUCCGAUCUUGUCCACCAACAUUGGGAGGGUAACAAUUAAGACAGUAAAGUGUCCCAAAAAUUUUGAUGGACACCAGACAAGAAAAGUAGUAAAUGGUGUUUAAUUAUUUAAGAUUGUGUUUCUUUCUCUGUCUGGCAUAAGCUGGUGUUAAAGUUGUUAUAAUUUUAGACUACAAGGUGAAGCAUCAUGUCUCAUGCAAUCAAGAUAAUUCAGGGAUGCACGUGAAUUUGGUUUCUAGGUUAUUUUUGAAGCUGCUGUAUACUUUAUUCUUGAGGUUUCUGUACUCAAUUUCAUACUUUUGCUAAAAUGUAGCACGAGCCAAGCAAAGGUCCUCUGUGAAUGCACUAGGUUAUUCAGAGUUCUUUAGGAUAUGUGUCUAGUAUAUUGAUUUUAAGAACAUGAAAGUACAAAUUUUAAACUGUAGGCUGUGAACAUUUGUCUUCCAAAUUAUUUUUUAACCCAAAAAAGCCAUUAGACUGCUCAUUGUUCACUUACAACAGUGUAAAGAGAUCAGUCAGGCAAGUGAUUGUUUUCUUUAGCUAACAUAAACUGUGAAAAAGAUCCGAUAUUGAAAUUUUAGUGGGCAGAAGUUUCCAAUCUGAAAGUACCUCAAAUUCCCAAGUAUACAUGCCCUGUAAAAGGAACCAGUCUAGAAUGUUGGGAUGCACUGAAAGUACAGUCUUGCACUGUUAUCAGAAGUACUGUGGGGUAUCUUAGUUAUUACAAUGAUCAUUAUUUUUUGAAAUGUUCCUUUGUCCUUUAUUUGCCCAGGGAAAAGUAAAUUGAUGGAAUUGAAAUAUGAGACUAAAAAAAAAAGCAAAACAAAUAAAAAAAAAAGUUAAGUAUUUAAGUUGCUAGUAGGUAUUAAUAACUGUAUUAAUGUAUUAAUUCUGUUGAUUUUCCAGGCUCUUGAUGGAUUUAUCGCUGUCAUAACACAAGAUGGUCAGUUAUUUUAUGUUUCAGAAAAUGUUCGAGACUUCUUGGGGUAUUCUCAGGUGGGUGACUGAAAUGUGCAAUAACAUCUGUCUAAUCAAGUCUGUAGCACUGUUGCUUUUGUUAAAGUGAAGCGCUGUUUAUGUUAAGGCUUUCCAGUUAGGUUAGUCAGUCCAUUUAAACUACUGGUUGUCUUGUUUUGUUCCUCUGCUUUUCGUGCUCUUGGCUAUAGAAUGUUUCUUUUGGUCAAAAAAUCAUACCUGAUUAUUGUAUUUCAAUCCUACUGGGAGUAAAUUAUCAGUUUGAGGACUGGCUUUCAUAGAGAAAAGCCUUGAUUGUUGAGAAUUAUUUCCCUGUCUCCCAAACAUGUCAUCCUUUCUUUUGUAGUAGACUAAUGAAAACAUGAUAUCAGGACAUCUUUCAUGGUCAGGGGAGAAAUUAAGGAUUAGUCAGGAUGAUUCUGUUUUUCCAACACUUCCAGGGUUUCUGUGAUUAGCCGACAAUCACUUCCCGCAUAAAAUUCUAUCUUAAUAUAUUAACACAUUGUCUCCGGAGCGUUUAAAGUAGUUUUGACCAUGCAACUUUAAAAAUUCAUAUCUCUGCUGUUAUUUCCAGUUCCUUGUAAAGCUAUACCUCAUUGUAAAGGGCAAAAAUGAAACUUUCAGAAAAAAAAUAUUUCGGUCUCAGGAAACCCAUAAUAUUCUGCAAAAAAAAAUUAUAAACAAGCAUAUUUCCGCAUAAUUAUUUAAAAAAAUUUUUAUGAGUGUAAUUUUGCCAGGAAAGUUGUCUGUUUUGUGUAAUACAGUACAAACAAUUUUUUUUCUUCAAUAUCUAAGCAAAACAGCCUGAAUAUUGGUCGAAAAUAUAGAGCGACUAACAAUUUUCUACAAAUUUAUUUUGUGACCGUAUCGGAUUAUGCAAAUGAGGUCAGAGCUAAUUAGCAUAGCGAAACUAGAUACUUUAGCAUCGCUUUGAGGCCCGAUAUUUACCUUCAAAAGACGCUUUAUUUUUUAGUUUCUCAGCAAAAUAUCGAGUUAAAAACAGGCAAACAUGAAUUCACUGAUAUAAGUGAUCAAAAUAAGCAAGACUUUGAAGGCAAAAAGCUCAGCGGGACGGAACUCACUGCGUUUGAAGAGAAUUUGUGCCAGACAUUGCCGACUCGGGGAAUUGAAGGCAAAGAUUCUUACUGUUUUCUUUCCUCGAUUUUCGCGUUUGUUUUCUUGUUAUCCUCCAAAAUCCUUCAAAACAAUUUGCUUGACUUGCAUUUGGUUGAAAUCUGUCGAUAUAAGCUUUCAUUCUAUGCAAAAACAUCCCAAAUACUUCUCACUACGCACCGCCAUUUUUCUACAUUUUUGAAAAAUCGUUGCGUGAAGCUCAAAACUCGCAGGGGGCUGGAACUAGGCACAUAAUUGACUAAAGCUAUUAACUUCCUGUGGGCCAAAUUUGGAGGUAAGCGGAAGUAAUGCGAUUUUUUGCGAUUUUUUUUUCGUAGUCGAUGCCGUGGCAUCGACGGCCCUAGGCGCGGGAGACAAUGAGUUAAAAGGUGUGCUCGUCAUGUGAGGCACCACAGCCCUCUAGUAUAAAGAAGGGAAGGAACAAACUUUGCACUUCGCACUUAACAGCCUGGCCCUGGUUGUUCAAAGGCUCGAUAGCAUUAUCCACUGGAACAUAUCCAGUGGAUAGUGUAAUUAUUUUCCCUAAUGUACUUAUCCGCUGGUUCAUGAUUUAUCUGGUGGAUAAUGCUAUCCAACGUUUGAACAACCAGGGCCAGGCUUCUAACUCAUUUAGACAGCUUAGAAGUCUUCUAAUAGAUAUGGCUAUUCAUUAAAUUUUUUAAGAGAGCACUCUUCAUUUUUCCUCAGGCUGCUGUUAUUCACCAGAGCAUGUUUAAGUUUUUACACAUUGAUGAUCAGGAUAUGGUCAAGUCCAACCUUGCAUGGCCAAAACUCACCGGAAAAAAUGCCAAAGCAGUAAGUUAAUUAUACAGUUGAACCUUAAUUCAUGUGUGGCCACCUUAGAGAUGCCAACCUCUGGAAAUCUAAAAUCUGGAAGACUUGUUCUCUUGCAUUAUUCCCCCCUCCACCAACAAACCAGUUCCAGUGGCACUUGAAAUUGUCAAAAACAUGAAGCUGAAAUGUUUCUUCAACUAGCUCCAUUGAAUAAGUGACCAUAACUGCAUCAGCUCUCUCCAGUUCUUAUUAUAAACAUGUCUGCCAUAUUUUUGCCCAGGGUCCGGUUCCUCGAAAGAUGGUUAAGUUUAACCCAGGAUUAAACCAAAAUUUUAAGCUACCUACAUAGGUUUUCUUGUUUAAGAACAUGCAACUUGAGCUUACAAAAUACUGUUGAGCCUUUACUCAGAAUUACAGAAAUGAUAACACAAAAUUUUACUCUAAACAACAUAUAGGAAGAUUUAAAACACAAAAAUGGAACAAAGUGUUAAUCCUGGAUUAGUGCUAAUCGGCCUCUCAGAUAAACCAAACCCUGAUUUUAGCUGCCCUGGGUUUCCAUGAAUGCUUCGAAACAGAAGGCAACCAAUGUUAUGGGUUGCUGCUUAUUGUUUUGUAGAUUUGACGCUAUAGUGUAGAAACAAGCCAACACAGACAGCUCUAGAAAUAUUAUGAGUUACAUGUAAACUCCCAUAAUCUCUAAUAUUCAGAACUAAAAUAGGAACUUAUUUAUUUCAGAGGAGUGAUGAUAAACGUUGUGAUACAUCAAGUCAAGAUGGUAUAAAGUCUAGUGAAAUUCUUGGUAAGGAUUAAAAUUAUGUGACUUCAUAUUUUAUAGCUUGAGUUUCAGGAGACCAGCAGCAUGAAUUUUGGUGUAUGAAGUUGAUGAAAAUAUUAUGUUGUUGUCCUUGUGCAUUAUCAUCUAGGUUCAGAUGAUGGUGACAGUCUAAACCGUUCAUUCACUUGCCGCAUGAAGUGCACAUUAAACCAUGGUGGAGGGUUUUACAAGGUACGUACAUGUAGUGUGGUGCUUGUUUAGGCUUUAUUUUAGUAUCUAAUUUACCCCUUCAUAAAAAAUAUAGAAAUUUGUAUGUACACUUACAUCACUUACAUCAGUUACAUAUAAUAAUUUAAAACACUCGCUGUCACGUGAGUUACUGACUGCCCGCAAAACUGUGUUCAGCCACCUUAAGAAGCUUACUGUAAUUUUUUGCCUGUGAGAUAAACACAGCUAGAGUGCUUAUACUAUUGUUUCUCGUCAUUCACUGUAGCUUUUCAGAUUAUCUGGUAGAUUAAGGGAAAUUCACACCCGUAAGCGAGACAGCCAAGUAGUGGAGUAUGGCCUUUUUGCCAUCUGCUCCCCUGCUAACAGUCCUAAUACACACCAUCCUGGUUCAAGCAUUAAGAAAGAAGUUGCAUUAACUGCUCAGAAACGAUUAGAAAGAGCCAACAGUGACCCCAUUUGUGGCAGGUAUGCUGAUGUUUAUUGUUGAUGUAACUUUCUCUGGCCUGAAAAUAGUUCUUUUUUUGAAAGGACUAUGUCUUAUGUCUGACCAGAUCACCAUUUUAAGCAGAAAAGUAUCGUGGAAGUAAUGUAAUAUUUUGCAAAAGGCUUUCUUCCUAUCAAAAAGAUACCUAAGGAUGCAAAUUAUACUUUGAUAAGAUACAGACUUACCUUUAAAGGGCUUGACAGUAAAUAAUCAAACUUAAAUGCAUUUUACUGUAUAAGAGCAUGUGGCUUGCAACAAAGUUUGCAGAAACAAACAGGAUUUUUGCUUUCAUUUUACAGCGAAUGGUCCAAAUCACUUCAGUUUUCUCUUAAAAUACUUUGCAAAGCUAAAGCAGAUCCAACAACAACCAGGCCAAGUUUGUUUUAUUGGGGUGUUGGGUUCCUGUGAAAGUUUAGGGACUUAAGAUAUAGUGGCUAUGCCUUACCUCAAGGGAGACAGUAGCCACAAAAGUCGUGGGUAAGAGAAUGCACACAUAGAACAUCCUUGUCUUUAACCUUUUAUGUAAAACAGUUGUGCAUAACCCUUGUUAUAAACUGACUUGAUAUAAUUUUUCCCUAACCCUUGUGUAACGGUGGUUUGAUAUUAAAAAUAAUGUUAAUUUUUGAUUUCAAUAUUUUAGGAGAUCGUCCCUACCUCUUACUGGCAUGCUGCAUUCCAUGCCAAUGAACCGACCUUUUUCCAUGUCUGAAACUCGCUCAGCUGCUGUCAGUCCCCUGGCUUCGCCCACAACCUCAUCAGACUCAGGACACCCGUCUCCCGAUUCCAGUCAAGGUGGCAAGCUGUUACUGACCGACUCUGACAUGCGAAGUGAUAGAGGUGAGAUUUCUGUGACACCUUCGAGCAGCAAUAGUCAAGAUGUUGAUGGAAGGUUGGGUUCUGACCGAUUGAUGUCUGGAGUGAAUCAUCCAUUUAUGAAUGCCCAUAGAAUGGAUCGCAAAAGAGCUGCCAACUUCAUGGAGUCGCUCAGAGCCGAUGACAAAGAUCCAGUAAGAAAGCGCUCCCGCAGCUUGGCAGAUGCCAGUGACUUGUUUUUCCGGGAUGGUGCAGAUCCAAGGUCUUUGUUUUUCAGGAGCAACUUGCCCCCUGUUCCUGAAAUCAAAGCUGAAAAUGUAAAAAAGAAAGAGGAAUGCUCACAAUCUUGUGAAACAACAGCAGAUAGAAGGCCAAUGAACAAUCAUGACAACAGGUUGGAUGCAGCUCAAGGCCUUGUGAAUCUUGGCAAUAUGGCUUCUCAAUUUCCAGGGCUUUGUGCAUUUCCUCCAGAAUUUAUGUAUCCUGAUGUCAUGUUUCCACGUGACAUGCUUCACGAGCUGCAGUACCUCCGAAACCCUUUUGACAUCCAUAACCCUUGCUGCCUAGGAAAUGAUCCGUACACAGCUCUGGCAAUGAGGCGAUGGUUGAGUAACCCAGAGAUGUUCCGUUCUCCAUUGAAUCCAUUCUUAGCUGCUCAGUCAGCUCUUCUGACUCCAGCCGAGAGGCUUGGCUUUUUAAAGUUUCCAUUUGGCUAUCCUUCUCCCUUCUCUGGCCCUUCGCCAUUCGAUCUUGGUGCUGCAGCUGCUGGCCUUAGUGAAAGGAACCUGCCUGAGUUCUCAGCGAGAAGCCUUCAUCGAAAUGGCCUAAUCCCUGAAAUGGCCAGGAAUGGUGUGUCAAAAGAAGCAGAUCAAAGGCAUUCUCCUUUAACCGAGAAACCCUCCCAGUCACACGAAAGCAGCAGCAGCUCCACACAAAGCAAGAAAGCAAGUCCGAAUAGGGGUGUUGUGGUCAAGAAGGAGUUAGUGGUUGGUGAUAACGAAGAAGAUACUGAUAGUGCGAAAGAGGAGCCAUUGGAAGGGAGGAGAAAGUCAUCAAAGGUUUGCAAUGGAUCCAGUGAAUCUGACGAUGAUGAGAAAGUUGAUGUGGUGGGCGGAGUAAAGCCAUCAUCUGGGCUGCGACAGACAUUUGCAGGUAUUCAGGAAGAGUUUAACAGCCGACUAGAAAAUCUUAACAAGUCAUUUGUGAAAUCUUUAGAUCACAACGUGACUUCACCCAAAGCGCAGUAAAUCUGCAUAAGGUAUUUGUUACUUUAGAUGUAAACAAUUUUGCUCAUGGGCGGAUAUCUGCCAAUUAUAUGAGUGGCUAUAGUCUAGUUAUCAGGAAAUGCCAACACCUAAUCCCUUCUGAAAACCAUUUUGUGAUGUAUUUUGACAUUUUGAAACUUGCAGUUGGAACGAAGAGGUCUUUCUCAAAAUGUCAAGUGUACAAUGUUGUUUUCCUUGUAUUUUUGUAAUUUCAUUAGUGAUGACCUGGAAUUUUUCAUUUUAAACAUUUAAGUAGACUAUAGAAAGGACUCUGUUGGCAAAGUGAGGGCUGUUUGUUCCAAGGAGUAUCUCAGCAUCUUACAUCGCAAGGCUUGCAAGUUAAUGAUUUUGCAUGUUUAAUAGCCUGAUUGGAGACCCAUGGGCAGCUUAUUCAAUCAGAAGCAGGACAUUCCAUUGCAUCUUGAACAACGUACUUUAAGGAAUACUCGAAUCAGCUACUCUUGGGUCUCUGAGAAUGGUUUGCUGCAAAAUGUUGUGGUUUAAGUGAUUGUGUGUCGUUUAAGCUUAUAACCCCUUUCAUCCUGUACAUGAAUUCAAAAAUCAAAAUUAUUUUUCAAUGUUCCUAGCUCUUUUACCCCAGAGUGAAUCUGAUGAUGGAGACUUUGGGUAGUUCUAACUGUUUAGACUUUGGAUGAGUAAGGAAACCUCUCCAGCAGUACUUUCACAUAUGAACCACUUUGCACAAUGAAAUUUGCAAUUCUUGUGUAAUUGUUACUGUGGCCACUUUAGGAGUGAAAGGGUUACAUACUUCUGCUCACUCAGACAGCUCUCAUGCGCAACGUUAAAUGUUUUUGUUAACUGGGGUGAUAUGAGGGGGUUAAAUCAUAGUUUCACUCUUUGUUACCAUAGGCUUGAGACUAGGCAUGCAUUUUUUGUUCAUUUCAUUAGUGAUUAGGGUAGUUGGUUAGAGAUGUAAUCACCAAUUCAGGCAUUCUUUUGUCUGGGGUGGCCACACCAGGGUUAAUAUUAGGGUGUGGGCACAUACCACAUGUACUUCUUAGCUGAGGUCUCAGUUCUUGGCACAUUUCAUUGACAAGACUGGGCACCGAGGCAUUUGUUAAAAUUGCUUUGGAAAAAGCAGUGAAAUAAGAGAUUUACUUUCCUUCACAUCAAAAAGUGUGUGUUCAACAGUAAUCCUACUUAACAAUGUAUUUGUGUUUGUGAAAAGUGAUUUUCUGUGAUGGGGAAUGUUUUGUCUUUUCUAUGUCAAAUCUGGUCUAUAACAGUCUGUAGAGAUAGUAAAAGCAAAUCAUUGUCACUUCUGUCUGGCAAUUCUUGUUGUUUUGUGGAGAGGAAGGUAGACAACAUAUUAAUUAUGUUCAACCAGAAUUAGGUCCAUUUGUGUCGGUAAGUUAAUGAUAAGAACAACUCCUUUUUUGUGGAAGGAAAGUAAAAUUGGGAUUGUGUGGAAAUGUUGAUUGUUGUAAUAUUGGCAGAUCACAGUCUGUCUAAAAAAUAAGGAAACAGAUUUCCUUAACCACUUGUACUUCUUAAAUUUUGGAUGAUCAGUGCUUGUUACGGUUGGGUAACUUGCGCGUUUGUCCAUGGCAUGCUAUAGUGCCAAAACAUGCAAAAAUUUGAUCGUUUGCUGACUCUAUGGUAGUUUUUACAUAAACAGCUUUUAAGGGGGUAGCUUACACUGUUUCAAAGCAAUGAAGUAAAGUAUUAAGAAUAUCCGAUAAACGGUUUUCAAAAUUUUCUUUGCCAUGUAGACUCAUAACUACAGUGGAACCCUCUUCCCUUAGUCUCUUCUGACGUGUUUUUCUGAGAAGGCUUGGUUCAUGUUGUAUAGCAAGUUUGUGUUUGUUGCCGUAGCGAUUAUGUGUUUUAUUUAAUGCAAUAGUUUUCUGUCAUUUUCGUGUAAUAUGCAGAGCAGAUUUCUUUGUUAUUCAUAGUAGCCUUAAUAACGAAUCAAUUGUAGCUACAAUUACAUUAAGAAAUAGCAAGACACUUUGUCAAGUGUGAUCAUUUGUGUGGGUCAAUAAGAGUAGAAUUAUUCAGGUCCAAUU